UGCUUCCGUUGCUGUUCCUUUUUUACGCCUGUUAGUGGCGCUGCUGGAGUAGUGGCAACGGAAAAAGUGCCGAAGAAGAAUGUCACCGGAAACGGACUAGUUCUGAGCACGCGGUGCGUCCGGCCUUUCCAGCGGGGCAGCGAGAAGGAACAUGGCCAAAAUCAAGGCAAGAGAUCUGCGGGGCAAGAAGAAGGAAGAGCUGCUGAAGCAGCUGGAUGACCUGAAGAAUGAACUGUCCCAGCUCCGUGUGGCCAAGGUUACCGGCGGAGCUGCCUCCAAGCUUUCCAAGAUUCGUGUUGUCCGCAAGUCCAUUGCCAGAGUCCUGACUGUAAUCAACCAGACGCAGAAGGAGAACCUGAGGAAGUUCUACAAGGGCAAGAAGUACAAGCCCCUGGACUUGAGACCCAAGAAAACCAGAGCUAUGCGUCGCCGGCUCAACAAGCACGAAGAGGGUCUGCGCACCAGGAAGCAGCAGAAAAAAGAUUUCCUCUACUCAAUCCGCAAAUAUGCAGUUAAAGCUUAAAGGCUUUUUCUAUUAAUAAACUUGUGUAAAGAAGAA